AUGGCGUCAAACAGUAUAUUAUUUGUGAUAUGGUGUGAUGGUAGCAUCAUAAACUCCCCCCGUGGAGUUGAAUAUUUGGGGGGUAGAUAUGUUCAUGUACCGAUUAAUGGAAGAAUAAAUUUUGGGGAGUUGGCCGAAAUCUGUAGAACGACAGUAUCUACUAGUGUGAGCCCUCCGGAGGUCACGAAAAUUUAUUUUCGGCUACCUCAUGUUGAAAGGUAUGAGAUAUGUUCAUACUCGUUGUUCGAAGUGCAAGAUGACCAAAACGUAUUUGCGAUUCUGAACCAGACAGCUCGAAUGCCGACGUUGAACGUGUUAGAGUUCUACGUGGAGUAUCAUAUUUCGGCUUCUAAUGAAACUUCGAUGCAACUAGAUUUAUGUUCUAGUGAGUCUGAGAGAGGCAGUGUGGAAGAGGAAGAAGACGAGCACUAUGAUAGUGAGGAAGAGGAUAUGGAGGAUAUUCUAAUCGCUGAAGAACCAAGUAAUAUUACACAAUACCAGUCUCAACUUCCGCAACACAUACGAUGUGUCGAUCUCAGUGACUUUGAUGUGGACGAGACAUGGGAAGCGCCGAACAUUGAAUGGCAGCGUGGGAUGGAAUUUCAAACCGGGAUGAUUUUCUCGAGUCGAUUGGUUGUGCGAACAUGUGCCAUUACUUAUUCGGUUGAUAAUGGACGAGAGUUUCAGAGUCACCGGACAACAAAAACAACACUGGUCCUAGUUUGCAAGCAUCGAAAAAUGUGCAAUUGGUGGCUGCGGGCCACCCUGCUCCAGAAAACCAACACAUGGACGCUGACGAAAUAUAUCGGGCCACACAAAUGCGAUAUGCUAGCGUCAACUCGUAACCACAGAAAUUUUGGAAUUAUUCAAAUUGCCGAUUUUAUUAAGACUCAAGUGUUGGGGCAGCGUGAUAUUCGGAUUAAGACGCUUAUGGCAGGGAUUUUAGAAUCCUUAGGACUGGCCCUUCCAUAUAAGCGGGUGUGGUAUGGAAAGGAGAGAGCAAUUAGCAGCGUCUACGGGGACUGGGAAUAUAACUACACGCAAAUCACGAAAUUCAUGGAUAAUGUGGUCCUCGUGAAUCCUGGAUCCUUCUGGCAUGGUGAAGGCCGCCUAACUGAUUGCGGUGGGGUGCAAUGUAGAAUUUUCAAAAGAAUGUUUUGGACCUUCUUUCCGAUGGUUGACGGAUUUCCAUUUUGCAAACCAGUUCUAUUCAUCGACGGGACGCACUUAUAUGGUAAAUACAAAUUGCAUAUGUUGAUAGCGUCGGCGGUAGAUGGCAACAACCACAUAAUCCGGAGUGCUUCAGUGACCCGAAUAGAGAAUAUUCAUCCGCGCAUUCGAGAGGAAGUAAUGCGGACAGCACUAGGACCCUUCAUUACUAUGCGGCAAUACACCGUAGACAUGACUCUGGUGACUGCAUUAGUUGAGCGGUGGAAGCCGGAGACCCACACAUUUAUGUUUCCUGAGGGGGAGCUCAAGCUUACAGUCAGAGGCAAGCUUACAGUUUCGGGGGAGCUCAAGCUUCCAAAACACUUUUAG